AUGAUAGCAAAAAGUAAUUCAGUAACAAGCAUUUUAGAUAGCAUAAUUUCAAAAAUAGAAAUAGAAAUCGAAUUAGAACAAGAGACGGCAUCAUUAUGUACAAAUCAAUCAGAAGUAGAAAAUUCCGUAACUUCAAAUAAAAGGAGUGUAUUAUCAUCAUGCGAUUCGAUGGAAGAUACGAAUUGUCGUAUUUGUUAUGAUCCUAAUCAAGAAUUACCUAUUAUAUAUCCGUGCAAAUGCAAGGGAACAAUGGGUGCAAUCCAUUUGAAAUGUUUGGAGCGAUGGCUAGAAGAGAGCAAUAGGAAUAGUUGCGAAUUGUGCGGCUACAAAUUCCAAGUAGAACGAACACCUCGUUACAAGGUUCUCCGCUCCAUCGUGAUUUGGUUGUGCCGGAAUCAGGAUGAACAUCAGAUGUACGCUCGCAAUGUGAAAGCUGAUUUAUUCAGAUGUCUCGUAGUCAUUCCUGUGACCAUCGCGUGUUCUUACAUCUGCGUAGUCGCUGCGGAUUUUUAUGCUAUGAACAAUUACGACAAUUUCCCACCCGCGCGAUGGACCACUUACUCGUUGUUGUCAAUGAUGGCAUUAUUGAUCCUGUCUUUCUUUGUCUGGAUUUAUAUGGCAUUACAAUAUCAUCAAAAAGCAUGGUUUCACUGGUGGCAAAAGUCCAGCAUUGUGACAAUAAUCAAUUUGACGCAGGAAAAUGCUGCUUUAGAAAUUAGAAAUGAAAAACGCAAUAUAACAGAGAUCUGA